CGGUUGCCACGGCAACAGCCCUAGCUGACUGGCAGAGGCGACCUCCGUCAGUUGAAUGGGGCACGCUCGCUUUUCCAACUGUGAGCGGUAGACUUGAUACAUGAAAGGAACACGGGGAGGGGGGCGCUGCUAUAAGACUUGGGACGGAUGCUCGUGGGGACCGCACGCUGGGAGCAGACAAAGAGGGAGCAAGUGACAAGAGAAGAAUGCAUAUGCGCACAUGAGAGACUGAGUGGGAGGGCACAGAGGGGGAAAAAAAGAGAGAGGGAGGGAAGGAGGAGAUGCUUCACUUGACCGGCAGCGAGCAUCGGUCUGGCGAGGCGAGCGAGGCCGGCAGGUGGACGGCGGAAUCGAGCGGAAGGUGCGGCCGUGACGCCUACAGGGAGGAGAGAGAAGUGCGAGCGCCGGCGAGGAGCUGAAUUGCGGUGAGGGGAGACAGAGGCAGUGAGUCAUCUUGCACACUUCCCAGGGAGCUUUCCACGCCGCGAGAAACACGAUGGGAGUGAGCCCAGAAUUUGUGCCGCACUAGAGCCUCCGCUGUUCCAGCCAAAGCUCCCGUACAGCGCCGUGCCAACCCACAAGAGCGCAUGUUGAGUGCACACACAGCGAGGCAGCGCCAGCCUGGCAGUGCCAGAGCUGAUUUGGGCACGAGUGAUCACCGUCGGCGUGACACUGCAGAGUUAUUUGAAAUGAUUGAAAAGAUGCAGGGGAACAGGAUGGAUGAGCAGCGAUGCACCUUUCCACCUCCACUCAAGACCGAGGAGGACUACAUUCCCUACCCAAGUGUCCACGAGGUUUUGGGAAGGAAAAGCCCCUUUCCUCUCAUCCUUCUGCCGCAGUUUGGCGGUUACUGGAUUGAGGGAACAAAUCAUGAGCUGGGUAGUAGUCUGGACUCAUUGGAGCCACUUCAGACUUUGUCCCCGGACACCCGCACAAAGCUGGAAUGUAACACAACGGCAACACUCUACCGCAAACACUUUCUGGCAAAGGAACACUUUAAUUACUAUUCAGCAGACAGCGCCCUCGGACAUCUGGUGUUCUCUUUAAAGUACGACGUGAUUGGUGACCAGGAGCAUCUCCGGCUAAUGCUUAGGACCAAACAAAAAACGUACCACGAUGUCAUCCCCAUCUCCUGCCUGACUGAGUUUCCCAAUGUGGUCCAAAUGGCCAAGCUUGUUUGUGAGGAAGUCAACGUGGACCGCUUUUUCCCAGUGCUUUAUCCUAAAGCCUCACGACUUAUUGUGACCUUCGAUGAGCAUGUCAUAAGCAACAACUUCAAGUUUGGGGUUAUUUAUCAAAGGUUUGGCCAGAUUUCAGAGGAGGAGUUAUUUGGCAAUAGCCAAGAGAGUCCUGCCUUUGUCGAAUUCCUGGAGUUCCUCGGAGAGAAAAUUGAACUGCACAACUUUAAAGGAUUCCGCGGAGGCUUGGACGUGACUCACGGCCAGACUGGCACAGAAUCCAUCUACUGCAACUACGGCAACAAAGAGGUCAUGUUCCACGUGUCCACAAAGCUGCCUUACACCGAGGGGGACACACAGCAGUUGCAGAGAAAGAGGCAUAUAGGGAACGACAUUGUGGCCAUUGUAUUUCAAGAAGAAAAUACUCCCUUUGUGCCAGAUAUGAUCGCCUCCAAUUUCCUUCACGCCUACGUUGUGGUCCAAGUGGUCAACCCGUGUUCGGACAAUGUUCUCUACAAGGUGUCAGUGACAGCUCGGGAUGACGUACCUUUCUUCGGUCCCGCCCUCCCAAACCCUGCUGUCUUUAAAAAAGGCCUUGAUUUCCAUGAAUUCCUUUUCACUAAGCUCAUCAAUGCUGAAUAUGCCUGCUAUAAAGCUGAAAAGUUUGCCAAGUUAGAGGAGCGAACGCGGUCGGCCUUGUUAGAAACGCUGUACGAGGAGCUCCACGUCAAUAGCCAGGCCAUGAUGGGCGUCGGGGGAGAAGAGGACAAGCUGGAGAACGGCGGCGGAGGAGGAGGAGGGGGCUUCUUUGAGUCCUUCAAGCGGGUGAUACGCAGCAGAAGCCAGUCUAUGGACGCCAUGGGUCUUACUUUCAAGAAGCCGCACACGGUGUCCGCUAGCCUCAGCGGAAGCUUUAACCACAGCACACCCGCAGAGAGCCCCAAAUUCCCAGGGAUAUCAUUGCUUGUCCCAGGCAAAAGUCCCAGUAAAUAUGGACGUCGAAGCAGUGCCAUAGGAAUAGGAUCAGUAGAAGAGUCUUUGAUUACCCCAGGGAAAAGCCCCACCAGGAAAAAGUCUGGUCCUUUCAGCUCCAGGCGAAGUAGUGCCAUUGGAAUUGAAAACAUUCAGGAAGUACAGGAGAAAAGGUGCAAUUUGAAAAAUGUAUAUUGGCUUGAACAGAAUCACAGAAGUGUUAACGCUCCGUAUGUCUGGUGGAGCAGCAGAGAGAAUUCCCCAAACACCCAAAAGACGCCCGACAGCGGCCACGUUUCUCAAGAUCAGAAAUCGGACAACUCGUCCAAUCAGAGCUCCCCUGAGGCGCUCACCACUGCCAAGAACAGUUCUUGUCUGUGUGGCAGGGCUCCAUCCAUCCCCGAGGCCGACCUUUCCCGCUCCUCCUCCAACGCCAGCAGUUUCGCCAGCGUGGUGGAGGAAAACGAGGCGGCGGAAGCCUACGGCACAGGCAUGGAGAGUUUGUCAUCUGCCGGAACGCCACACAAGCGGGACUCUUUCACGUACAGCACGUGGCUGGACGACAGCAUGAGCAGCACCAGCACCAACAGCCGGGGAAGCUCCCCAGGACCUGGUAAAAGUGAGCGAGGGAAGGGAACAGACAUCCGCAUCAAACUCGAGCGACCUCACGAUCAUCAGUCGUCAUCGAACUGUUAGUUCGGUCCACUUGCUUGCAUUAUGGACUUCCAUCUUCAGCAUUCCCAUAAGUCAUGGUCCCUCCAGGAGAUGAGACGAGUGCAGGCGUUCGCCACGACCAAUGUGCCGAACGUGGGGAGAUGAGCAGCGGGCGCUGCGCGUGGAACCUCGCCUGACGGCUGCUCGGUGAAGACCGGAGUGCAGCGCAUCAAGAGAUACUGCGGGUGACGCGCCAGGAGGGCCAAACCUUUGCACAAUGUUAUUUCCUGGCACUCUUUUUCUUUGCUACUCAGCUGCUAAUGCUCACACACACGGCACCCGAAAUCUUGAAUUUUUUGAUGUGUAACACAUUUUGACUUUGUCUCAUUAAGUGUUGCGACUACACAGGGUAGAGAGGGGGCCAUGGAGCUCUUUGUCAAAUCUUGCAGAUUUUUACUGGUUUAAUGGGCAGACAUUAAAUUAUUUUUUCAGCACAAUAUCCAAGGCGCCUUGAGAUACGAGUGAGCCGACUUACAAGUUUUUGGAGAUAUGAACCAUCGUCUGGGCGUCUUUUUUUUUUUUGGCUUUGACCUUCCAACUUGAGAUACACGCGCUGCACGGUAGCAGUGAACUCAACUCACUUCACAAUCAGCAGCAGUUUGGCAGAAAGCGGACAAAACUUCAAGAAAGAGGCUUCAAGCUGUUAAAUGCCACGCCCAUAUCAAAUGUAGUGUCGAAGUAAACAUAAAACAAAGAGAAUUACAAGUUGUGUAUCUCAAACAACCAACUUCUUUGCCUGAGAAAUGCCUCAGCUAGCCUAAUGCUAACACAUCAAGGAAAAUGCCAUAGCUGUGGUAACGAUUGGCAUCAAUAGUGGCGGCGUUAUUACCCUUUCGGAAACAGAUAUUUGAACACAAACAGUGAAGCAACUCAUGCACUCAGAUAAUAUAACAAUACUUACAGGCGUAUAUAUUUUUUUCUCCUCUGUGAAAAACUUAUCUUAUCUAAUCUUAUUGAUUAAUCUUCUUUGUUUGUCUGCAUGAUUGUUGUAUACUGCCUCCUGGUGGCCAAGGUGCCCACACCAGAAGGAACGACACAAUGAAUUAAAUUGAAGCAUCAAAUCAUGAUGCACAAACUUUAUUUACGUUGUAUUUAAUUAUGUUUUUACGCUAUGUUUCUAUAAAGUACAAUAUUAGAGAGUGCCAUUUCCUUCUUAAAAGCACAAAAAGCAAAAAAAUUUUCUUGGGUUUUUAUGAGGCCGCAGCAGAUUAAUGGCAUUUCCUUUCAUUUCAAAUUUGGUCACAGUGUGGUCACAGAACGAAUUCAACUUGUAUCUCAAGGCACCACUGUGUUUCUUUUCCACAUCUGACAUGUUUGUACUUUUUCUAUCUUCAGGCUCUUUGGUAACAGCAUAAAAUCAAAUGAAAUGGCCUUAAACUGUUAUUUGAUUGCCCCUCCUCAUUUCAUGGACUCAAAAGUCCAUCAAAAAAUCCCAUACAGUGCAAUGUAUGUGCUGUAUGUGCUGUUAACAUCUGGAAGCAUCCACCAUUGACUUGUUUUAUUUUGUGUUUUGUGACCACUUUCUAUUUAACCUUGUAGUUUGCUUUUCUUUCUAUGUUUUAUUUAUUUAUUGAGUUGGUUUCUUUUUGGAGUGACGUUAAUGUCGUCCAUGUCAUAUUGUAUCUCGACGUGACGUUCUUCUUUUCCCGAGCUUGGACUGUGUUUCUUUUGAGUGAAUUCUAAUGUUUGGAACUGUGAAACUCUUCAGGGGUCAACUCUUUCGGUACAAGAAAUAUAAAACUAAAUUGUUUUUUUGGUUUUUUUUCUGCUUUGAAAUUGAAACAAAAAUGCUCUACAUUCAACUACUGAUUGUGUAAAUAAAUAUUUUGUUGGAGUGCACCAUUUAAAAAAAAAAAAAAAGGCUUGACCAAAUCAACAAUUUAUUAUUUUUCAGAUCUGUACCUUUCAGAUUGUAUUUUUCAGAGCUUUUGGAUUACCAUGAUUCGAAAUUAUUUUCUGACCAUUUUCUAAAAGGGAAAAUCUGUACUUUAUCUGGAUCAUUUCCGUUGCCUUAUCAUAAACAAGAAAAGAUCAUGAAGCAAAUGGUUAAUAUCUGGCAGCAUUUAAAAUGAAAUGAAUGUUUUGUUGUUGAUUUAGUGUAAAUAAAUCCCGAGGUAAGUCGGAUGUCAGUGUAUCCUUAACUCAACCAUAGACACAUUCCAUAUUGGCUGUCAACACUGCCUACACAUACUGAGGACAUUGCGCUUCCCACGUUACGAAAGCCAAGCACCUCAUGUAUUAAUCACUUCCUGCCUGCUCUGGAGUUUGAAAAACUAGAGCAACCAAAAAAAUAAAAAAACAACAACAACAAAAAACAGAAGCGAAGCUUUCUCGGUUGUGUAACUGUGCCACAUGGAAGACAACAUGCAGUUUGAAUGAGCAAAUGAAAAUAAAGCAGAAUCAUGAGGCUUUUUGUCAGAGGAAUUCAAACACAUGUGGUUGCAGUGUGACAACUUCUAUUUGUUAUUUCUAUUUUAUGUUUUUUAAAUAAUCUCAGACAUGUUUUUCUAAGUUGGACAAUUCAAAAACAUUCUGGCAUGUCCAGUACCAUUCAGACAACCAUCAAAGGCCUUCCCUCAUUUUAAAUACCUAUACUUCCUCCAACCAACCCAAACGUCAAACCCCAACACUUGUUUGAAACCCUAAUUUGAAGCCCGAAACCUGUCUUGGAAGCCAUUGGUCAAAUUUAACUAACUUAACACUAAUUUAAAAUGCUAACCCUUGUUUGAAACAUUAGACCAGGCUUGAAACUUUGUGAAAACCUAACCCUUGUGUGAAUGUGGAAUAAAUAAUGAUAUCAUGCUAAUGCCCAUGUAUGUCAUUUUAAUGAGUGCUUAUAAUUUUGUUUAAAAUGUGUAUUACUUAGCAGAGGUUUAUUAAAACAAGACGACAUGUUUUUUCUGAAAAA